GCGUACACAAGCAUCUAUGUAUUUUUACAUCCCUAUUCUGCUUUUUUAUUUCACGGUCCAAAUACACGGAAAACAGGGCUUGGAUUGGAGGCUUGGUCGAUUCGCACAAACGCAAAUAAAAGCCAUGGAGGUUGCCACCGCCCACGCCCCCGGUGAGAUAAAGUCAGAGUUAACGCCGGCUAGCCCGGUGCCGAGCCAGAAUCCCAAUCAAAAACCGAACCAAGCGCCGGCAACAAACGAAAAUGGUGUACAAACAGGACAAAUAAAGACGGAGAGCUGCGAAUCCACACAUUCCAGUGGGACGGGGAACAUCAAAGUGGAGCGGGGCGAUGAGAAGCCAAAGACCGAAAUGGCUGAGAAAGUAUUGAUUACCAUAUGCAGUGCGGAUCGGAAGAACAAGAAGACAUUCAUGUCCUUUCCUACGCGAAAGGAUGUGGUUGAAAAGGCUCACAAAUAUGGGCUAGCCGGAAGUACGAUUGUCCUAGAAAGCAAUGGCUGCGAAAUCUGUGAGGAUGAAGUGCUUCUCUUUGCUGCUAAAGAAAAGAUACUCCUCAUGCUUCUUGCUGAAUCCGAUGAAUACGUGGUGUUGCCACCGCCGUCGCCCCUUAAUCGAUCCGAACGUGCUGGUAGCUCGGUGGAUCCCAGCUUCUAUGCCAACAAUAGUAUUGUAUCGAAUGCGAAUGACUCGACGGUGUCCAAUGACGAAACCCUAUCCUUGGCCAGCGUUACGCCUUCCAAUGCAAAGAACGCGACGCUGUUCAAAGAAUUCUCAAUACCCUGGAACAAGGUGCCGAGCGAUGUUAUGAAAAUACUAAAAGGAAAGGGCAGCUUGGGCAAGCGACUAAACACGCUGGGCAACGUCCUGGUGGAGGCUCUGCGCGAAAGGUCCACACACAUUCCGAUUAGAGUAUUCAGGCAGGUGGCCCAGCAGGCAGCUGAAAAGUAUCCCGACUCACUGCUCGAAAAGGAUCGUGAAGGUCAGUUCAUUGCCACUACGCCGCAGUCACUGAUCUCGAAGAUGAUCAACCGGAACAAUGCGCUCAAUAGGCCGCAAAAACGUGCCAGUGGCUCUAGCUCCGGGACCUUUGAGAUCCACAUCUCCAGCAAGAAGCGAAAAUCGGGAGUCAACGCCUCCAACGGGGAUGCCAAAACUCAGGCCAUCAACAGGGAUCUUGAGCAAAAGAAGGAGCUAUUGAUCUCCAGCUAUCGCGGCAGCGCGUCCUUGGAGAAAUCAACCAUCGUGGAAUAUAUGAAAGAGUGCUUCCCAUUGCAGCGCGCAUUUUUCAACAAUAGCGAAAAGAUUCCAGAUAUCACAUCCAUAAAGGAUAACUGGCCCUACAUUUUUGACAAGGCAAUUCUCUAUCAACACUUUGAGCUUCUCAUGUCCAUCGAUCCGAAGGUUUUGGAGAAGCGGCUGGCCAGCGAAAAGGAGCGAUUCUUCAAAUUCUUCAAGGGAUCCAAAAACAAGAAAAUUAGCGCUCUGGGAGAGAGCAAUGCGAAUUUGUUGCGCGGUAUAGCAUACCACUUCAACGAGAAUCCCGACUACAUAUUCAAGCAACUGGAGAACGGUCCCUUGUCCAAGGAGGUUUUGCAGAAUAUGAAUCCCACAAAUGCUCCUUGGGUGGCUCUAGUCAAUUCGCCCAGUAAAGCUGAUGGCGUGGAGCCGAAGACCGAAGCCAUGGUCUACAUCGAGGGCCAAAUAAUGGCCACAUUCGCCGCGAAGGAUGGAGACCUGCCGGAUAUCCUGGCGCAGCUUAUCUGCUACUAUUAUACCUUUAACAUGAUGUACCCCAAGGAGGCCAAUCAAACUCUCGAAUUUAUUGUCGUCUAUUUUCUGCAGCAUUCGCCAGAACAAGUACGCUCAGCCAAGAAAUCGGUGACCACCAACAGCAAAUUUAAUCAGCUUAUUGCCAAGCUGGCCAAUGCCAAUGGCUGAGCCUAAAUCUUUAUGAAAAUGGAACUGGAAUCCGAGACACAGUUCGCGCCGCUUCAAUCUCCCCUUGCUGCUGACAUACGAGAGGCCGCAUUCUGUUUAGUUUAUUUAUUUUAUCCGACCUAUUCCACAUGUAUUUGUACCACUAGUUUUAAGAUUUACAUACCGUGUGUAGUAAUAUUGUGUAUACAUUUCUGAUUUAUCACCCGUGAAA